CUUCCCGCCCGCCCCUAUUGUUCCGCCCCCGGCCUCCCGCCCUUCCCCUUCCCGCCCGCUCCCCUUUUCCCCUCAGUCGCCUCGCGCCUGCAGUUUUUGGCUUUCACCCCCACCAGUGACCAAAGACUUGACCACUCAAAGUCCAGCUCCCCAGAACACUGCUCGACAUGGACACCGGUGUGAUUGAAGGUGGAUUAAAUGUCACUCUCACCAUCCGGCUACUUAUGCAUGGAAAGGAAGUUGGCAGUAUCAUCGGAAAGAAAGGAGAAUCAGUUAAGAAGAUGCGUGAGGAGAGUGGUGCACGUAUCAACAUCUCAGAAGGGAAUUGUCCUGAGAGAAUUAUCACUUUGGCUGGACCCACUAACGCGAUCUUCAAAGCCUUUGCUAUGAUCAUUGACAAACUGGAAGAGGACAUCAGCAGCUCUAUGACCAAUAGCACAGCUGCCAGUAGACCCCCAGUUACCCUGAGGCUGGUGGUCCCUGCUAGUCAGUGUGGCUCUCUCAUUGGGAAAGGUGGUUGCAAGAUCAAGGAAAUACGAGAGAGUACAGGGGCUCAGGUCCAGGUGGCAGGGGAUAUGCUCCCCAACUCAACUGAGCGGGCCAUCACUAUUGCUGGCAUUCCGCAAUCCAUCAUUGAGUGUGUGAAACAGAUCUGCGUGGUCAUGUUGGAGACUCUCUCCCAGUCCCCCCCGAAGGGCGUGACCAUCCCGUACCGGCCCAAGCCGUCCAGUUCUCCAGUCAUCUUUGCAGGUGGUCAGGACAGGUACAGCACAGGCAGCGACAGUGCGAGCUUUCCCCACACCACCCCGUCCAUGUGCCUCAACCCUGACCUGGAGGGACCACCUCUAGAGGCCUAUACCAUUCAAGGACAGUAUGCCAUUCCACAGCCAGAUUUGACCAAGCUGCACCAGUUGGCAAUGCAACAGUCUCAUUUUCCCAUGACGCAUGGCAACACCGGAUUCAGUGGCAUUGAAUCCAGCUCUCCAGAGGUGAAAGGCUAUUGGGCAGGUUUGGAUGCAUCUGCUCAGACUACUUCUCAUGAACUCACCAUUCCAAAUGAUUUGAUUGGCUGCAUAAUCGGGCGUCAGGGCGCCAAAAUCAAUGAGAUCCGUCAGAUGUCUGGGGCGCAGAUCAAAAUUGCGAACCCAGUGGAAGGAUCUACUGAUAGGCAGGUUACCAUCACUGGAUCUGCUGCCAGCAUUAGCCUGGCUCAAUACCUAAUCAAUGUCAGGCUUUCCUCGGAGACGGGUGGCAUGGGGAGCAGCUAGAACAAUGCAGAUUCAUCCAUAAUCCCUUUCUGCUGUUCACCACCACCCAUGAUCCAUCUGUGUAGUUUCUGAACAGUCAGCGAUUCCAGGUUUUAAAUAGUUUGUAAAUUUUCAGUUUCUACACACUUUAUCAUCCACUCGUGAUUUUUUAAUUAAAGCGUUUUAAUUCCUUUCUCUGUUCAGCUGUUAAUGCUGAGAUCCAUAUUUAGUUUUAUAAGCUUCUCCCCCCCCCUUUUUUUUGGCUCAUGAAUUUUUUUUUCUGUUUGUCAUGGAAAUGUAAGAGUGGAAUAUUAAUACAUUUCAGUUUAGUUCUGUAAUGUCAGGAAUUUUUCAAAAAAAUUAAAAGAUGGACUGGAGCUUUUUCUUUGUGAAUAGAAACUGGAUGCCACAGUGA